AAUUUAAAGUUCUAAUACGAAAAAUGUAAUCCGUGUGAAUCUAGUGCGACAAGAAAAUUAAUAUUAUUUUUUCCUUAUUAAUAUUGGUUGUAAUAAACGAGUUAUAUGCGAAUAGAAAUUUUGACUGUGCUAUAAAUUAGUAGAUCUUCUAAGAUUGUUUGUAAUUAAACAAACAAUCAAUUAUCCCAUGUAAUCGCAAAGGAAAGAAAAAAUUGCAUUUAGUGACAAAGAAAAAAAAAGCGGAAGAUAGAAACAAAGGUGGAAUAAAAGUGCAAAGGGUAAACAGAAGAAUGAAAUGAAUAGCAAAUAAAAUGUACGAUCCAAAGGCCGAAUCAAGACGCAUAAAAUAUAGCAGUGGAGGAAGAAAAAUGAAAUAAAAAUAAAUUGUCGAUUUUUUUUAUUCUUUCGCAGUAUCUGUAUUAAUUUUUUAGAAUACACAGUGUUAUAUUAUUGUGCUCGCGUUUAUAAUCAAUUAUUGACACAAGUAAAAUAAAAUCAGAUUAUUCCAUGUGAUUCGGUGAAUUCUUAGUGCAAUUGCAUAAAAUAACAAGCUGCAAAACGCUGACGUCAAUAUUGAAAAUAAAUAAAAAACUGACCAUAAUAGAAGUUUUAGACUGAUUUUUUGGAAAUAAAUAUCGGCUAAAUGGAGGGAACGGAUGGAUCACCCCCGCCUUCUUUGUGUAUUGUACGCGCUACUGAGUUUUUCCCAAGAUUAAAUAUGGAAAAAGAAGAUGCAGAUUUGGAAGUACCCUAUCAGGAACUUGCUGGGGAAUUCGUCUUAUAUCUAGGACGUACUGAUGAUGGCAUUUUAUCGCUCUCAACAUACCGUAUAUUUAUACUUAAAAACUCUACCAACUCAGAGACAUCCGUGCCACUGGGGUUAAUCGAAAGUUUACAGAUACGUGACCUGUUUCAUCUAAUCAUCAAUUGCAAGGACGCUAGCACCGUUAAAUGUUCCUUUGAAACAGCUGAACAGUGCGCCGAAUGGCUGCGACGCAUUCAGUUGUGCGUCGGCGUGCCCGAAACUUUAGAAUCACUUUUCGCAUUUCCCUUCCACUCAUACAUGAGUGAUGCAAUAAAUACGCAAAACGAAGCUUAUAAUUCACCCGAGUACCUGGAACGCUUACAGCGCGCUAAACGUGCAGACGAUGAUUUUAUGCGCGAAGUCGUACGACUAGGCUUCGAUUUGAACGGAACGUGGCGUAUUUCCAAAACGAAUGAAGAGUUCAAAUUAUGUCCGUCAUACCCGCAGCGGUUACUGGUGCCGGCCUGCAUUUCGGAUGACAUGCUUUACGAAGUCGCGAAAUUCCGUGGAUCGCGCCGAUUGCCAGCCGUUGUUUGGCGUCACAAAAAGUCGGGUGCAGUGAUUGCACGUUGCAGUCAACCCGAAGUGGGUUGGUUCGGUUGGCGUAACAACACAGACGAACAAUUACUCAAAGCUUUGAGCGAGGCGUGUGCAUUUGAUCGAGGUGAACAAAUGCGUCGCCAAAGUCAGUCUAUCAAUACGACGGGACGAAGAAUGACAUCAAGUGAGAGUACGCCCUCAAGCACUGAUGGCAGUCAUGAGGAAGUCACGAUGGAUGAAGUGCAGAAAGUUCUGAUUGUCGAUGCGCGCAGUUAUGCUUCCGCGGUAACGAAUCGUGCACGUGGUGGUGGUUGCGAAUGCAUUGAAUAUUAUCCGUCGGCUGAAAUCGAAUUCAUGAAUCUUGGUAACAUACAUGUUAUACGUAGGAGUUUUCAAUCGUUAAGACAACUCUGUGCUUCGCCAGCAGAUAGUCAAAAUUGGCUAGGCUCGCUCGAGAAGACAUUUUGGUUGCAGCAUCUCUCUGGGCUAUUGGCCGCUACCAUAACUGUUUGUCAUGCUAUUGAGAAGAAGGGGCGGCCAGUGUUGGUGCACUGUUCGGAUGGUUGGGAUCGCACGCCACAAAUUGUGGCCACAGCACAAUUGUGCUUGGAUCCGUAUUACCGGACUGUAGAGGGUUUCCGCGUUUUAGUCGAACGUGAAUGGUUAAGUUUUGGCCAUAAAUUCUCAGAUCGUUGUGGUCAUGGUCCUGGUUCGGAUGAGCUAAAUGAACGUUGUCCAGUUUUCCUGCAGUGGUUAGAUUUGGUACAUCAAAUACACAAACAAUUUCCUUGCAGUUUUGAAUUCAACAUGGCUUACUUGAUCAAAUUAGCACAGCAUUCACAUUCAUGUCUUUUCGGCACCUUCCUAUGUAACACGUACAAGGAACGUUGCGAAAAGUCGGUAUUUGAGCGUACUUACUCAGUAUGGCCUUUCCUAUCCGGACCGAUGUAUAAAAGUCCACUUUAUCUACCAAAUAAAGAUACGGUAAGCUUAUUUUUGAAUAUACAAAUAAUCAUACGUUGGUUAAUGAAAAUAUCUCUUUUUUCUCAGGUUAUUUGGCCAGCGCACAAUGUACGAGAUCUGCACUUAUGGACUGAAGUAUAUUUGGGAAGUUUGGGAAAUCAAAAUAGCGUCGAAUUCGUCAAUAAUAGCAACGAAAAUUUGCAGGGAACGACAACUCCUAUGACUAAGACGCGUUCUUACGGCGAUUUAGUGUCAGCAAACAUAAUGCAGAGUGGCAUCUCACGACGUUCCAGUGACCCAAAUAUGACUGUGGAACCGAAUUUAACAAUGGCUACAAAUUCUGAAAACAACUCCAUCGCCGAUACACAAUCCGAACGUGAAGAUUUGCCCGAUAAUGUAGUUGAAAUGAUGCAGCGAAUUGAGAAUCUCACCAUCCAGCCAAAUAAUCACGAUGAAGAUAACUUUGUGGAUGCCUCAAACAGUACAGAGGACCCACAAACUAGUAAUGCGCUGCUUAGAGAAUUGAAUGAACCUAUUGCGAAUACUGAAGCGACUGCAGACUACAAGAGCAGUCAACUUUCAGCUUUAAACAAAAAUGAGCUCCCAAGGCACAAUGAAAAAAUUGAUAAUUCAAAUGACAUUAAGCCUAAGGCUAACGGUAUCGAGCACCAAAAAGGCAACACGAAUGUUGCCCACAGUAGCAGAGAUAUUAGUGAUUCGGGAGGCGGCGACGCUUCAAAUGAAUUGAAAGCAAAUACAGACGAGGAUCUUAUGAUAAGUGUAGAAUUGAAUGAUGUAAGCCCCAAUAUAGAUGAAGCUUUAGGUAGACAUAACAAUUGGCAUGGCGCUGUCAGCACUAGCACAGAUACUUUAGUACCAAUCGAAAGAAGACCAAGUACUAAUGGCGAAGAACUACCAUCUACGCCUCCAAAAGUGGACGUCGAUGUUACAGAUGGAUUUCAUACACCUGAAAAACUAUCCACAUCGGCGGACAAAGAAGAGCUUGGCUUAAGUUCUCCGUAUGUUCUAUUAAAACAAGAGCGGCAAAAUUCUUCAACUGGUAAAGGCAACAAUGACAACAGACCUCCCGCCAACGGCGUUAAUAACAGUAUUAUGCCAAAUGUUCAUGGCACAAACGGUACCUCGAAUCGUGCAAAUAUCUUGUCAAAUUCAUCUAGUAAUGCCUCCGUUUCAUCUACAUCGUCUUCACUCAAUAAUUUUAAUACAAACAUGAAUAAUACGAACAGUGAUAGCAACAACAGCAUCGCAACAACAAUGACAACAGCCACAGAUCAAAGCGCAAAUGAUGUUGCUGAAAUAGAUGUAGAAGCUUGUAUUGCUGAUGCAGGCACGCAAGCGAAUUCAACUGAUGCCAUGAAUGAAAGCAUCAUGAUUUUGCCAGAACAUCGAAAAUUGCAAAUAUCUGUGAGUGGCAAGUGUGAGGCAAUCUCGAAUAAUGGCUCGUCCUUACCCACGUCCCCAACAGGCUCUGACGAAAAGCCGAGUACUAGUCGUGCAAGUGGUCAAAACAGUAGAAGUGAAAAUGUUUGGAAUGGUGGAGGCGCUGAAGGCGGCAGACAAAAUAGUGGUGGUGCCGGUGGUAGUGGUGCCACUGGUAGUGCAGGUAGUGGCGCCAGUGGUAGUUCCGAUAGUGGUACCAGUAGUGGUGCCAGUAGUGGUGCCAGUGGUGGUGCCGGCGGUGGUGGCAGUAGUGGUGCCAGUGGUGGUGCCGGUGGUGCCACCGGUGGUGGUGCCGGAGGUAGUGCUGGUGGUGGAGCCGGUCGCGGUGAUGAUAAUGGUGGCAAUGAUGGCGCCGGUCGUGGUGGUAAUAAUGGUCGUGAUAAUGGUGGCAGAGCCAAUGGUGAUUCCGAUAGUAGUGAGGAAGACGGACAACGCCGUCGACGCCCUUCAAAUUCAAAUCGUCAAUAUGAUGGCUUUCACAUUCGACAACCAGACGGAAGCAUACGUUAUUUCUUUACGGGUAAUCGUAGGCCUGGUAUACGCUCCUUGCCGUUGUCACCGCCUCCCCGUCAGGAAAGACCUCAUCUAUUAUAUUCCUGCCCUGACGGCUUGGCGCACGCGCUAAGCGAACAAAAUAUGCGUCUACAUCAAAUUGUGCAAGAACAUAUGUUACGAGAGGAUAUGCUAUUGCAAGAAAUCCAUGAUAUGGAAAUUGAACUACGAAGGAAAAGAUGUCCAAAUUGCAAUGCCGCUCAAAAAAGUGAUAAAAACGAAGAACAGGUAGACGAACUCUUAGUUAGCCGAAGUAGAGUACGUGAUUGUACUAAGUGCCAAGGCUUGAAUGCGAGAUCGUGUACAAAGUGUAAAUUACUAUUGCAACAGCAGCAAUAUCGACAACAACAACAACAGCCACUGCAAAAGCAACCACGACCUCGUCGUCAUACUGCGGUUGAUUAUCGUGAUCGAUUUCCUCAUCGUUUUCAUAAUUGCCAUUGCCUUUGCCAAAAUAGUCACCAUCAACGUAAGCGUUAUCAUAGUUUCAGUUGUAGCCUUUGCUAUAAGAAAGAUGAUAAUACACAGAUUGAUGACGAUAACGAUAUCACCAUGACGUUGCUCAGACGUAAUUGUAAUUCAGAUUAUGCUGAUAGCAAUAGUUCUUUAUUAACGUGUUCGGCGGCCGAUAAUUUAGAGAAUGCUUCAAUAUGCUCAUGGGAGGCUGUGGAAGAUCGCAGCGCUCCAUCAUCUAGCGCUAGUUCCUCCAUACAACAACCAAACACCACAAGUGCCCUCUGGGUACCAGACCACGCUGUGAAACGCUGCACCAGCUGUCAAGUCGAAUUCUGGAUAGGCCGCAGAAAGCAUCAUUGCCGCUCGUGUGGGCAAAUAUUUUGUGCCGACUGUUCUGAGUUUUGGGCACCGCUACCUGAUGCAAAGCUUUUUAAACCCGUAAGAUUGUGUGGACCCUGCUAUCUUGCCGUAACAACGAGAAUAGAGCAACAGAGCAACGCAAUCAUAGCAACAAAUAUGCCAAAUUAUACAGCCACAACUACCAGCACAACGGCUACUGCUGCCUGGACGACUGGAGGAGCCUCAACUAGUUCGCCCAAAUUGGCGAUGUCUGCAGUCUCCAAUGCAACGGCAGUCACAACAACAACAACAACUACACCUGCGUCCAGCACCAUAACGGCUACAGUGUUUCAACAACAACAACAGCAGCAGCGGCUGCAUCAACAACCCAAACAGCGACAUAAUGUAGCCGCAGCAACUACAACAACUAAUGGAGCAUUGACUAACUUGCAUCAGCCAAUUGCAGUACACGGCAUCGCUGUUGUCACUGCAAAUACACCUGCCUCAAGUACACGGAUGAUGGCGCCAAUACCCAUAACAGCCGCUGCAGCAGACGCGCUACAACAGCAGCAGCAACAAAGACAGAAUGCAGCAGCGGCAGCAGCGACUGCAAGCGCUACCGUGGCCGUUGCAGCGGCCGAGAGCAGCAGCAUGUCGCACAUAUUGAUGACAGCGAACAAAAAUAUUGCAGCCAGCGUUGCAAAUUAAUAAACAAGAGCUAAAGCCUAUAUAGUGCAUCAUUUAAUUUUAUUUCGUAGCAGAAAUUGAAUUUUAAUGAUCAUUAUUUCUAUAAGAGACACAUCUAACUACAUUAAAUGCUGUUAAAUCUGAUCGUAUGUAAGUUUAGCAGCGAAUGUUGUGCUACUACAUCACACUACGGACAGUGACGAACGCGAGAGAGACUGUGCUGCCAGACUGUCGGCAACUUUGUUGCUAUCGUGCCUAGACAUGUGUGGAUUAUAUUGCUUAACGCCGCGUGCUUGUAUUAUUUUUUGAAAUUGUAUUCGUUGACUUUUUUUUUUUAAUUUUUAUUUUUUUUACUUUUUAACUACAGUGUUCAAGUAUGUACAUGUUUGACCAUUGUAUAUGUAUUUUAUAGUAAUUCUCAAAAUACAAUUUUACAUAAGAAUUUAUUUUAAAUUAAUCUAACUUUUCGCAUAAUUAUUGAAAAAAAAAAGAGAAAUCGUAAAAAGUAAAUGCGGUGAGAAGUGUUUUUGCAACAAAAGUUUAGUUUAUAAAUUACAUUAUUUAUGUAAUUUCAAUUUAUUGAAUUAAGACACUUGACUUUAUAUGUAUAUGUGUACCUUUAAAAAUUAAUGAUUGCAGCUAAAUGCUGAACUAUUUUAGAGACAACGUUAAAUGAACUAAACAAAAAAAAAUUAUUGGAAAAUUUCAAAAACUUGCACUAAAUAAUAAAUUGAAUUUUUUUUUUGUUUUCUACAUUGUUUUCUAAUUCAGUACAAAAUAUUCACUUUUAUUAUUUGUUGUUACGAGUCUAUUACUACAAAAGGGAAAAACGCAGAAAAAAAACAAGUUAUAGCGAAAGUAAUAAAUUAAAAGCAAACAUAUAAAAUUGUAAUCGAAAUGAAAAAUAGUAAAAUCAUAAACCAAAAAUUAUAUAUAUACAAACACACAAUAUUGACAAACACAUUGAUCGUGUAAUUGUUUAAAACAAAACAAGCAACUAGAAGCUGCGUGCUUUUACUUACUAAUAAAUGUGAAAUUUACAAUAUUUGAUUAUUUGUAAGGGAAUAUUUAAAGAAAAAUGGUUAUGUUUAAAUUAACUUUGUCCCUCCCUCCCACUAUAUUGAACACAAUUGAAUGUAUGUAUGUAUUAACUAUUAGGAAUUUUAAAUAUUAAAGAAAUUUAUCAUUAUUGCUUAUAACAAAAUAAAGCAGAAAGCAAAUGAAAUACGAAAAUCAA